AUGGUCUACAUACGGCAGCGCAAUCUUGCCAAACUGCACGAGUACAAAUACUCGGCGGUGGACAAGUCGCUCACAUCGAAAUACAUCCUCAAGCCAUUCUAUACGAAUGUGGCAAUCAAGCUCUUUCCAAUGUCCAUGGCCCCGAAUCUCAUCACCUUGACAGGGUUCAGUUUCGUGGUGAUCAACAUUCUCACAAUGCUGUGGUACAACCCUUCGCUCGACACCGAUUGUCCUCCGUGGGUGUACCUCUCUUGGGCCAUCGGUCUUUUCCUGUACCAGACCUUCGAUGCAGUGGAUGGAUCACAGGCCCGGAGAACACAUCAGAGUGGUCCCUUGGGCGAGCUCUUUGACCACGGUGUCGAUGCAUGCAACACCAGCCUCGAGGUCCUACUUUUCGCAGCCGCUACGAACCUGGGCCAAUCCUGGAAGACGGUUCUCACCCUUUUUGGUACCAUCCUCACCUUCUACAUCCAGACCUGGGAAGAAUAUCACACUCGUACCUUGACAUUGGGCAUAAUCAACGGUCCGGUCGAAGGAGUUCUGAUUCUGGUCGCGGUCUACUUCUUCACUUUCCUAAAAGGAGGUGCCAGUUACUGGCAACAGCCUAUGCUCCCAAGCCUGGACCUACCAAAGAGCGACUUGCUGCCAGAUUCUCUAUACCAGUUGGCAUGGAACGAAUGGUAUAUGGUCUGGGGUGCGCUGGUCCUUGUUUUCAACACUGCCAGUAGUAUCUGGAAUGUUAUGGAUUCCAGGCGUGAAAGAGGCGCGGACCCUUUCAAACCACUUCUGGGGCUGUUACCCAUCACUGUCACCUGGCUCCUCAUCCCAGCCUAUCUAUGGCUGAAUCCCGUCAUUCUGCACUAUCACUUGGUCCCCUUCAUCGUCUUCGCUGGGCUGGUCAACGCUUAUUCCGUCGGCCAAAUGAUUGUGGCUCACCUCGUCAAGGACAGAUUUCCCUACCAGAACAUCUUGAUAUUGCCCUUGGCUUUGGCGGUGGUCGACAGCCUAGGCCCACACUUGGGACUGUGGCCCAGCGCUCUUGGUGACGACAUCUACCAGGUGGCUUUCAUAUUUCUCGCCCUUGGCCUUGCCUUGGGUGUCUACGGGAGCUUCGUGCAUGAUGUGAUCACCACGAUCUGUGACUACCUGGACAUUUGGUGCCUGACCAUCAAGCAUCCUUAUGUUGAAGACAAACAGGACGGGGAAGUGAAGAAGACCAGUUAA